ACAUAAAAAGUGAUAUGAUUCGGAAUGCUAAAGAGCUUUGUUUUGAAAAUUAUUGAAGUUUUCCACAAUUUUCAUCUGACGAACAAACACGCACCUACAAGUACAUUGAACCAAGGUCGAUGGGUUUCCACGAUUCCAACGCUUACUGCUGAUAAAACAUCUUGGAAACAGCUCUUCUCUUUGGAGGUAGAAAGUACGAACUCUUCAAAUUCGGGUCAGACAUAAAGAAUAUCAUGGCAAUAUACUAUGGAAGAUCAAAUCCACCAAAGAUUACUCCACCCCCUUCCACAUACUUCUACACAUUAAAGCAUGUUUUGGAAAAUAAAGGCAAAUUGUUUUACGAUACACGUCUUCGAUCGUUGGAAUGUACGUUUCCCGGAAUCUGCCUUCAAUAAAGCGAAGAAGAAGCGAACUUUUGCCAACGUUACUUGCUCCAAAGACAGCCAUUCUGUAGUCCCUAUUAUCUUUUACAGGGCGCAUCUUGAGAAUUAUUACUCAAACUAUGCCAAAGUCUGCCAAAGGAAACAAAAAACAGAACAUCUGAGCUCAGCAGCAAGCAGGGGACUUGGUGGUCUUAUUUCUAAAUUCAGAUCACACGAAGGACUAUCAUUCCAG